AUGUCCUCGGGCGUCGAGGGCUUCUUCAUCGCGGGCCUCUCCUGCACACCCCGCUGCCACGCCGUGCCUCUGGGCACCCCGUACUUGUCGGUGAUAGACUCAUCGAUCUGGUCCCACAUGCUCGUCUUGACCAUUCCAGGACAGUACGCGUUGACGUUGAUCCCGUGCGGCCCGAGCUCGAUGGCGGACGCCUGCCGCGCGUCGCUUCUUCUGCUCAAUCUCGGUGGCCAGAGUGUUGAGGUUUUCCCUUUGGCUCUCCAUGUCGUUGAUGACGAUAUCGUUUCCAUCGUCUGCGAGGCGAAGGGCUAUGGCUCGCCCAAUGCCUUGAGAGGAUCCGGUUACGAUGGCAACGGGCAUGGUGAAUAG